CAACUACUCGGGCACUCGGGUCGGCUGGCAACUAAAAAACGCUCUCAGCCAGUCCUGGAGCCUCGAUGUCAGGUCUGGGCGCAAACCAAGCAGCAUGUUGAGACAGGCGUUCAAGAUACCGAGAUGUACAUGCAGGCAUACAUACCGGUCGCGCCCAAGGCAGCCUCGCCUCCACUCGUCUUGGCUGCGUCAGUAGCAGUGCACUGUGGCCAGUUCUUCUCCUCUGUCCACCAUUUAGCGUCUGCCUUGGAGCCUGUCUCCAAGUGCCUUUGUGUGCAUAUUCUGCAGUUUCUGGGCCUCACCACUGCUUCUGGACUCGUCUGCCUCUCAAAUUGGCCUGGGCUCGGAGCAGUGGAGCAAAGACAGGCCAACUCGUGGUCGCGUGCCUCUACCUUCCGUGCGUCACUCUGUCAUUUUAGCCUAGUUGGACUGCGUCUGAUGCUGGCCGGGUUGGGGGAGUCAGUCGGCGGGUGCAGAAGCUAG